CGGCCAGCAGCUAGCCCCGCCCCUCCGCCCACCGUCGGCACGUUCCGUACGUACGGCGGGAAGCGCUGACGCUGUACGUAGCGGCGGCGUGUGUGUGACGCAGUUGCCCAUGGUAACCCCGGGGCCGCGCAGAGGAUGGGUUUACUGUCAAUCUUGCGUAAAUUGAAAAGCACCCCAGACCAGGAGGUAAGAAUCCUCCUCUUGGGACUGGAUAAUGCAGGCAAGACCACACUCCUGAAACAGCUGGCAUCUGAGGACAUCAGCCACAUCACGCCAACACAGGGCUUUAACAUCAAAAGCGUACAGUCUCAAGGCUUCAAGCUGAACGUAUGGGACAUAGGCGGACAGAGGAAGAUCAGGCCGUACUGGAGGAACUAUUUUGAAAAUACUGAUAUCCUUAUCUAUGUCAUUGACAGCGCAGAUAGGAAGAGGUUUGAAGAAACAGGUCAGGAGCUGGCUGAGCUUUUGGACGAAGAAAAGCUUAGUGGAGUCCCCGUGCUCAUAUUUGCUAACAAGCAGGAUUUGCUGACGGCUGCCCCUGCUUCGGAGAUUGCCGAGGGACUGAACCUACACACAAUCCGGGACAGAGUCUGGCAGAUCCAGUCUUGUUCGGCUCUCUCAGGAGAGGGAGUACAGGACGGCAUGAAUUGGGUGUGCAAAAAUGUCAGUGCUAAGAAGAAAUAAAGCAUUCUGAGCUGCAUGGAAAUGGAGGAGCGGUGGGAGCAGAAUUCUAGCCUGAAAACACUAAUUUGCUGCUUUCUGACCAAAUGUUUUUCCAUCUGUGCACAGCUACAGCUGUUAAAAGAAAAAAAAAAAAAGAAAGGAGAGAAAGAAAAGGGAACAACAUCGGCUAAAACCCACUGCUGGAUUUGGAACUCAACCUGCUCUUUAGUAGAAUUUUUUUAUCCCAAUAAAGGAAUGAUAUAUUUCCUUCCUAUGCAUAAAUAAUAUUAAAUGUCUGAUUAGCAAGCAAGUUUGUAAGCAGAAGCGAGACUGUGAUUCAGUGUGGAGCAGAGGAAGUGGUGAGUUACUGUAGUUGCUUAGAUGCAUAGGACCUGCCCUAUACGUGCAGGUUUGCAGUUGCUGAGGACACACUCAGGUGUCAUUCACAGCUUCCCCUCAGUGACAGAUAAAAUGCGAUUAUGUUACCGAUUGUGGGUAGUUUCUUAAAAUAAAGCUGCUAAGAAGUCAUUUGUGUAAUGAGGGUAGAAGACUUCCACAUAUUCCUAUAGCCAUAAAAGAGGAGUUUGAUCAUAACGAGGCACUGUUGCAUUGCGACACCGCCAUAGAAGGGAGAAAAGGGUUAUAUGUGUAUAAUUGAAGCUCUUUACAGUUGGAAUAAUGCAGGAUGAGCAUGCCUAGGGCUUUUCUCGCAGCUGAAGGAGAAUUCAGCCCAGCAUUUCACCUUGAGCCAGCAAAAAACGUGGUUCCUACGUUCAGUAAAUUCCGUAUGUGAGAUUAGUCUUGAUGUUGAACAAUCCCUGUUGAUUUUCCCUUGAUGUUAAGGCAACUCUGCUGCAAAAUGCAAUUAAGUCCAUGAUUACUUUCUAGAAUGAGAUACCAGGUCCCAGGUUUCCUUUUUGAAAUAUGUAAGAUAUAUUCUACUACCCGCCGUUCCUCGGCAGGCCCUGCCUAGCCCGUGGGGGCCAGGGGGCUGCCCCUCAGCGAGCGGGCUGCCCGGGCCCCCCAGCCCGGGGCCGCUGCUGGUUGCCCUGUUGGAGGGUGAGGAGGCUGAUGAACGGCAGAUGGGAAGCACUCUGUAAAACGAGGAUUCAUUCUGCCCCAAUCUGGCUUUCCUCUAAAAGGAUGCAAUCACUGAAAUAGGAAAGAGAAUGUGUUUUCCACCUCCUCGUCCCCAAUUCAAAUAUAGCCCCAACUGACAGUGAGCAGGAGUCAUUAGCACGCCAAAGCAGCCAUGUCCUGCGUGAAGCGAGCUUGGUGACUCCUGGGCCAGCUUCUAAUGCACAGAUGGUAAAAUAAUCCCACUGCCCUGCUUGCCAGCUUUGUUUGCUGCCUGCCUGCGAAAGGCCAGAGAAUAACUAGGGACUGCAUUACCCCUUCCACCUCUUGGAGACGGACCGGCAGGCAGGACGGGGAAAGCUGCGUGUGCUGAAGCAUGUGGCUUUACCACGCGUCAGCGAGUUGACUCAUGGACCCGGGCAGACGGCUGACACCCCUGGAGCUCCCAGCUCUUCGCUCCUCCCUUCCCCGGACGUCUCCACCUCACAGCAGAAACAUCUGCACUGUAUGUGAAGCAGCCCCUGGCUGCCUACGUGUUACAGCUCUGACAGAUUAAAAUCAUGUGGGGCUGAUUCCGGGUCCCCCCGUACAUCAAGAUGUGCAGUAGCGGUUCAGGGGUUGUAGCUCAGCUGUCUCUGCUGUGGCUGGGGGCAGAGGGACAGCUGGGACAACAACAGCUACAGCAAUCCAGCCUUAAUCUGCCCGCGUCCGUGAGUCAGCACCCUCAGAGUGCAUCUGUCUCUGGCACUGAGGCAGGACAUGUGUGCCGGCGUAGCACAGCCUUGCUUUAAACACUGGACAACUGGGAGGGGGAAAAGAGCCGGCUCAAGCGAGCUGUUAAGCAGUCUCUAAUGACAAAGUGACACAGCUCCAUGGCUUGAGUAAGGAGUCAUGAGAUGAGAUGUUCAUUUAAACUUAGCUUGUUCAGUGACUCCUCAGCUGCACUGGCUUGUCAGGAACCCCGGGAAUCUGACCAACACAUGUUCCUGGGUCAGCCCAAGGAGGAGAAAUGCAUCCCAGCAUCAUCUUUUCCUUGCGAUUAAUGCAUUUGCAUGAUGCAAGCGCUGUAAAGAGUUGCAGCCCUUUCUCGCAGGCGUGCUUCGUGCCGGCUGAGCGACCUGCCGUGUGGCAGGUACCCCUGAGCUCUGGAGCUGCCCGCGCUGCGUGCCGGGUGCGGGCUGCAGUGUUUGGGUACCCCUCCUCUGGUCCAGGCAGGACAGGGCAAGGUCCCCUUGGGGGCUCACGUGUUGAUCCUUCUCACUUGUAAGGGAGCUGAGUUGGUGCUUCCCUUCUCCAUACAUUUUUUACUAGUGGCAAACUUACCUUGUGACACCUUACUUGUGCCACAGAUAGCUUUCUGGAUCAAAAAAAGCAUCCAGGAGGGUAAUUUGGUUUUUUUAGACCCACAUUGGUUAAACUUGGAAAUGUGUAUAAAAUAAAUAUAUAGCAAUUCUCCUAUCACUUCAAUUUGGAAGGAAGAAUUGCCUUACUGAACUCAGGAUCCAGAGGUGUUUGCUGGCUCAUUCCUUAUGUCUGCGUGUGGCUACACGUAUUGGUUGCGUGCAUGUGUACCAGCCAGAGCUUCACCCGUAAUCCAGUAGAUGAAUUUGGUUUACCUGUGACAGGUAGUAAGAGAGGAAGACUGUGACAGAGCAAGCUGUCCUGGGAGGAUGGAGGUGGAAGGUUAAAACGACCACGACUUAAGUAAAAUAUCCUGAAGUGAAGACUGUCAGUGUUCCUUGUGUUGUGAACAUCUCUCUGUGCAUCAACUUGGUGAAAAUGUAAAAGAAUUUGAGGUUCUGUUCACUUGCUGCUCCUUAUCUGAAUGUAUUUACAUCGGCUGUGCCCUCUGCACCUGGCUAAACACCACCUGUAAACCAGGCUGGGGCCAGCCGAAAACACCGUUCAGCAAAACCCCUACCCCUCUGCCAGCCCUUCCGCUCUCGUUCGGGUUAUGGUAAUUACACACGCAAGGCUUUGUCCUUCCGACGCUCUCUGCUUUGCCUUCCUUUAAAUGAGAUUCGGGGAUGCAAACUGUCUCAUUGCUAUGGGUGGAGCUCUGCCACACGUCGCAUCGAUUCAUAGAUUUCUGAAGGCAGAAGGGACCAUGAUGUUCCUCUCUCCUGACUUCCCGCAUAACACAGCCCAUUAAAGGCCACCCCGCUGGCGCGGUGAGGUGUGGGUGAAUUAAAACAUCUCUGGCGGGAAGACACCCGGCCUUGAAUUAAAGGUUCGGAGCGACAGAUCCACCCCAGACCUCGAGAAGUUUAUCGCAGGGGUUAAUUCCCCUCCCGCGGGGAGUUUGCCUUGCUUCACUUUCACAUGGUUAAAUCUGGCUUUACCUUUGCAAGAGAUGGAGGCCGCCUCUCCUGCCCCUUUGUGCUCUCUGGAGGGGAGACGUGAUGGAGAAGUGAAAUUCUCCAGGGGCACGUGAGGCAAUGUGGGCGCCAGCCCCUGCUGCCACCUCGAGCGCUGGGCGAGGGCACUCGUGUCCUCUGGCUGCAGCUCUGCUGGCGAGUGUCUGUCCUUGCCCUGGGGGAGUGCUUGCCAAAGCCCCGGGCAGCCUUCUCCUGUUUGUCCCCCUGCCAAUACUGCUCCUUGCACAUAAUGACUUUUUUCUCUGAUGAAAAUAUAACUGAUCACCAGACUUUUUUUAUUAUUGAGUGUACUGGGAUGAGACCAGCCUACUUAAAUUCCGCCCCCCCUACCCCACAGGGCUCGCUCUUCUGCAAAUGUAAAAAGGUGGCGGCUGUUGCAUUCCCUGGGCUGGCUGGGUCCACACAAGCUCUCUCUUUUAUGUUCCCUUUUCAAAUUUCACCAAAAAAGGGGUAUUUGCAAUAUCUGGUCAUGUUGUUACUCGGUACAUAAUUUAGAUGUCUUUGUCAAAAAAAAAAGGAAUUAAAAUUUAGUAGAAAGACAA